CUUUCAAUUCAGGAGAAUGUCUGAUGCAAUCAUCGUCUGGAGUUAUUUGUGAUGGAAAAGUAUUAAUUACGGAUCUGUACAGAAUUUUAGUUUGAGCUUUUACAUAAAAAUCGAAAGUUAAUUUAUAAAAGUACAUUUUUAAAAAUGGCAGAGGACGAAGCGAUAUUUGAUCCUUCUAUGAAGAAAAAGAAGAAGAAGAAGAAAACCCCAUUUGAUUUGAGUGCAUUAGAAGAUGGUAGUUCAGUUAAUGUUGAUGGAGAUGUUCAGGCAGAAAAUGGAUUAGAAAAUAAAGAUGAUUAUGAGAAAGAAAACAGAGAAGAAAAAGAAGAUGAUACAACUCAUGAUUUAGAUGAUUUUUCUGGAAUGAAAAAGAAAAAGAAGAAAAAGAAGCCAUUUAGUUUAGAAGAAUUGGAAACUGCACUUCCUGAAACAGAAUCUAAGGAAGAAAUGAUGCAGUUUGGCGAAGAAGAACGAGAAGGAGAGGAUCUUGCAGGAACAGAUGAUGAUUUGGAUUUUAAUCUUCCAAAAAAGAAAAAGAAGAAGAAGAAGAAAAUUAAUAUUGAUGAACUUGAAACAGAACCUCAGGAAGAUGAUGAUGAUGGCGAAACAACUUUUGAAGGAGAUGAAAUUAAACCACCUAGUUCAAUUAACUCUGUAACAUGGGGUGGAAGUGACAGAGAUUAUACUUAUGAUGAACUGCUUCAGAGAGUAUUUAAUAUCAUGAGAGAGAAAAAUCCAGAUAUGGUGGCUGGAGAAAAGAAAAGAUUUGUUAUGAGACCUCCACAAGUAUUGAGAAUAGGCACAAAGAAAACGUCUUUUGCUAAUUUCUUAGAAAUCUGUAAAACAUUACAUAGGCAACCAAAACAUUUACAAGCAUUUUUAUUAGCAGAAUUGGGUACCAGUGGUUCAGUAGAUGCAAAUAAUCAGUUAAUCAUCAAAGGUCGUUUUCAGCAGAAACAAAUUGAAAAUGUUUUGAGAAGGUAUAUAAAGGAAUAUGUUACGUGUCACACCUGUCGUUCUCCUGAAACAAUCCUCCAGAAAGACACGAGAUUGUUCUUCCUUCAGUGUGAGACUUGUGGAUCUCGUUGUUCUGUUGCUAGCAUCAAAUCAGGUUUCCAGGCAGUGACUAGCAAGAGAGCUGCCAUGAGGGCUAAAACUGCUUGAGUGUUAUGUGAAUUAGUUUAUGGUAUUAAGUGUGAAUCAUUAAC